AUGAAUGUCUGUAAGUGUAUGCGCCUCGGGAAGAUGGUGGUUCGCGGUUCGAACCCAACCCCUGCAUUCAGACAGCCCUUGCUUAGGCUUGGGCAACCUAGCAGUAUCUUAUCCCUUGUGCUCCGUUCAGGUGACAUGGCAAAUAGACACUGGAAGAGUGUUACAGCUGAAAAAUUUUUAUUGCCCCCGAGUUUCCGUCAAAAUCAUGUCGUAUUUGAACCAGUAUUGGCCGAAAUUCGCGAACUACACUCAUUGACGCAUUGGUUUGGUUUUAACGAGCGACUCAGCUGA